GGAUGGAGCGAGCGCCGCGUCACCCAGGCCCCACGGCAGCGGCGGCGGCCCCGGCUGCCUGCGCCGCUCGGCGGGGCCGGGCCUGGGCGGGGCCGGACGUGAGCGCACUUCCGCGGGCUGCGGCGCGCCACCAUGGCGGCAAAAAGUCCUGGUGAUGGUACUCCAAGAAGACCUGUUUUACCUGUUAGUGCAAGAAAAAUUAAAGAUAAUGCAGCAGACUGGCAUAAUUUAAUGAUGAAAUGGGAGAGACUGAAUGAUAAUGGAUUUACAACAGCAAACAAAAUAGUCAACAUGAAGAUUAGUGAACAAUUUCAAGACAACAAACUGGAGAUAGCAUGUGGUAACAGUGCCACAGAAUCUGAAAAGCUACCUCCAAAGUACAGUGAAGAACUGGACAAUUGCUGUGAAGAAUUACUUGAGACCUUAAAGCAUAUGACAAAAAUACAACUGAAAAUGGAAAAGCUUACUUCAACUACUAAAGCAAUCUGUGACUUGGAAGCAUUCCACCAUAGAGCUGGGAAUUGCACAGCACCCUUCUUUCAUACAUGGCCCACACCAUACUUCUAUGAGGUUUCUCUGAAGCUCUCUGAAAUGUACAAGAAGGAACUACAACUCAAGCAAACAAUUGUACAAGAAAUUGCUCAUUCUGCUGACCAGGAUCUGAUGAUGGUCUAUUUAUCAUCAUGGUUAUACCAGCCUUACAUUGAGAAUAGCAGCAAACUACUACUUGAAGCCAUGCUGCUAGAAACAGGACAUAGACAGUGCUAGAAUUCCGGAUAUUAUGUGGCUUCUUCUAAUUGUGCUUACAUGAAACUGACAUGGCAAACUGCAAAGCUUACCAAGUAAGUUGAAUUUUUGUAAAACUUAUUAAAAAUAUUUAUUUCUAUUUGUAUUUAUUAUUUUGUCUCAGUUGAUACUCCUUCCUCGGCAUGGGACAAUCUGGUUUUGGUCACUAUCCAUUUUAAGUGCAAUAGAGAGGCUACAGGUAGGAGGUUAAGUCCUCUAUAAUCAGAAAGAGGUAACCACUAUGUGCUGGUCUGGGGGGAAUUCAAUGCACAUAGACACCUACAGCAAAGAAUGUUAACUAAUUUCCAAGUCUUGAUAGUCUAACAUACCUACGUUGUCCCUUUCAUCAUAGGAAUUCAGCACUUCUUUUUGUGGGUUUUAUUUGCAUGACUUAACAGGGUGUGUGCUUUUGUACUUGCCUUAUAAAUGGGGAAAAGAAAAGCACAAAAGGCAGAUCCAAAAGCAUCCGCAUAGUGGAUGUGACUGGUAUGUGGUUUAGAAACGCUGUCGAAGACACUAGUGUAAGUUCUGGUUUGGUUUUGAUUAUAGCAUGGUUGGGUACGUCACCCCUGAAGAGUGAUCCAAGCCUGAACGAGCACACUGGGAAGUUUUAGUACAACUCACUAUUCCACAGUCAUUAUAUGAAAAGAUCUUGUCUCUUUUAAUUCAUUGUAGAGAUGUUAUGUGAAAUCAUCUGUUGAAAAAAACCAAAAUCUGCUUCAG